UUUAGUACUGUAAAAAAAAAGGAGAGUAGUCACUCAAUUUAUACAAUUAGCAUUUUGUUUUUAAUUUUCUUGGAUCAGCCUGCCAAGCAGCAGGACUUCAGGCCAAGGAAACAAUACUGCCAACAUGAGUCGCCGCUUGCCACUCACCAGGCUGUCUGCAGCUGACAUCUGUGAGAUGCUCCGUGAAGAGCUCUGCCAGGGGAAUGACUUCCUCAAAUCGGAUACCCACAUCUUCAUCAUCUUCGGAGCAUCAGGUGACCUAGCCAAGAAGAAGAUCUAUCCAACUAUCUGGUGGUUGUAUCGUGACGGGCUGCUUCCUGAUGACACCUAUGUGGUGGGUUAUGCCCGAUCCCAGCUCACAGUUGCUGAUAUCCGCAAACAGAGCCACCCAUAUCUCAAGGCCAGCCCCGAGGAAGAAAAAAAACUGGAUGAUUUCUUUGCUCGUAAUUCAUACAUCUCAGGCAAAUAUGAUGACCAGGCCUCUUUUGAAAGGCUAAAUGCCCACCUGAACGCCCUUCACAAUGGAGAGAAAGCAAACCGUCUCUUCUACCUGGCUCUCCCCCCCAGUGUCUACAAGGAAGUCACUACGCACAUCCAGAAGGCCUGCUUGAGCUCUGUUGGCUGGAAUCGGCUGAUUGUGGAAAAGCCCUUUGGCAAGGACUUGGAUAGCUCCAAUGAUCUGUCCAAUCACAUGUCGGCACUGUUUAGAGAGGACCAGAUCUAUCGCAUUGACCACUACCUGGGCAAGGAGAUGGUGCAGAACCUGAUGGUGCUCAGAUUUGGAAACCGGAUAUUUGGCCCUAUCUGGAACCGUGACAAUGUGGCCUGUGUCAUUCUGACUUUCAAAGAGCCAUUUGGCACAGAGGGACGGGGAGGCUACUUUGAUGAGUUUGGCAUUAUUCGGGAUGUUAUGCAGAAUCAUCUUCUUCAGAUGCUUUGUCUGGUAGCUAUGGAGAAACCAACUUCUACCAACUCUAAUGAUGUCCGUGAUGAAAAGGUGAAGGUUCUGAAGUGCAUCAAAGAGGUGAAAAGUGAAAAUGUAGUCCUUGGGCAGUAUGUGGGCAAUCCAUCUGGAAAAGGAGAGGCUCAGAAGGGCUAUCUUGAUGACUCCACAGUUCCAGCUGGCUCUACCACCCCUACCUUUGCUGCUGCUGUGCUAUACGUAGACAAUGAAAGGUGGGAUGGAGUACCAUUUGUCUUGCGCUGUGGCAAGGCACUGAAUGAGCGCAAGGCAGAGGUACGGCUGCAGUUCCGGGAGGUGCCAGGUGAUAUUUUCCAACAGCAGUGCAAACGAAAUGAACUGGUGAUCCGUGUGCAGCCUAAUGAGGCCGUUUACACCAAGAUGAUGACCAAGAAACCAGGCAUGUUCUUCAACCCAGAAGAAUCUGAACUGGACCUCACUUAUGGCAACCGCUACAAGGAUGUGAAACUCCCAGAUGCUUAUGAGCGCCUUAUCUUGGAUGUUUUCUGUGGCAGCCAGAUGCACUUUGUGCGCAGUGAUGAACUACGAGAGGCCUGGCGUAUAUUCACUCCACUGCUCCACCAAAUCGAGGCAGAGAAGACAAAACCGAUCGCCUAUUGCUAUGGCAGCCGUGGCCCUACCGAGGCUGAUGAAUUGAUGAAGAGAGUGGGAUUUCAGUACGAAGGCACCUACCGGUGGGUCAAUCCUCACAAGCUCUGAAUCCUGUCAGCCUCUGCCUCUUGGAAUGGCACCCGCAGCUCGUCUCUACAUCUCUCCAGAGAAACUGAGCCAGGCCAGGCUUGGCAGUGACGUGCCCAUCUUGUCUGAGAGGGCAGCUUGUUGGGCUUAGACAUUCGUGCACUUCUCCAGCUGCAGUGGGAUAUCUUCAGCACGAACAGCAUCUUCUGCCGCUGACCUCUUGGUGGCCCUCGUGUGCACUCUCUCUCUCUAUCCCAUUCCAGUUUCUGCUGUUAUGCUGGGAAAGCUUCUGAUGGCAUGAGAAAGCUGCAGAGGGUUUUUUUUUGGUCUCACACUCCGUACUCCUUCCUCAUCUAUGUAUUCUGCUUUAUCAAUUGCUUUUACUUGGAACUACUUCUUACAUUCCUUUGGAUUUUGUACAUGAUGCUGUUCUGGAAAUGGAAGUUACUACAAAAACUCCA